AUGCAGCUCCUACGUGUCCUCACUUUCGCCUCUUUGGCCCUGGCCUUUGACAGGUCUGCGAGGGAGAGUAAACGCCAACUUGGUGGUGGAAGAGUCCGCAGCACGGCCAACGAGUUCAAGAAUGGCGGCUGCAACGAAAUCAUCUUCGUUUGGGCUCGCGGCUCUACAGAGAUUGGCAAUAUGGGAACUAUCGUCGGUCCUGAUGUCGCCAAUGGCCUGAAGGACGCAUUCCCAGGCAAGGUAGCUGUGCAGGGUGUUGACUAUGCUGCUCUCCUCUCGACCAACUUCGUCCCCGGAGGUGCUGACCCUCUUGGCAUCCGCGAGAUGAAAUCGAUUCUCAACGAUGCCAUGAGCCAAUGCCCUGACUCCGUGAUUGUCACUGGCGGUUAUUCUCAGGGCGCAGCCGUUAAUCACCGUGUUAUCGAGGACCUCCCUCAAGAUCAAAAGGAUCGUAUCGCUGGCGUUAUCAUGUUCGGCGACACCCAGAGUCGUGUCGAUAAGGGCCAGAUCCCCAACUUUGAAAAAACUAAAACGCAGAUUAUCUGUGCCUCGCUACCCCGGGACACUGUAUGCGACGGGAUUCUCACAGCUGCUGUCCUGCCGCCUCAUCUUUCCUACGGUCGCAAUGCUAAAGAGGGUGCUAAUUUCCUCGUUGGUCAGGUUAACGGUGUCUUGGGUGCUGGGGCAAAGUGA